AUGGGGACAAUGGGAUGGCUUCAGGCAACAGCGGGAGCACACCACGUCCAGGCCAGAGGGGAGUGCCGCAUUCAGAGGCCUAAUGCUCAAGAACCCAACCGCCGGCUCGAGUCCGAGGCCGGAGUCAAUGAGUUCUGGGACACAAACGAUAAUGAGAAGAAGUGUGCCGGAGUCAAAGCAAUUCGCCAUAUGAUUCAGCCUAGAGGCCUAUUGUUGCCUGCUUACAACCAUGCACAUCAGCUCACUUAUAUCGUCGAAGGCUGGCCCCCCUUCCCUCCUCCUUCUCUCUGUAGGGGUAUUCAGGGGACAAUUUUCCCGGGAUGUGCAAGGACAUAUGAAUCAGGAUCACAGAGUUCCGGUGAUCGGAAACGGAAGAUUAGAGAUUGCCAUCAGAAGCUUCGACGAUUUCAAGAAGGCGAUAUCCUUGCCUUGCCGGCUGGUGUAACUCAUUGGGCUUACAACGACGGAGAAGGGCCUCUUACUUGCAUGGCACUUGUUGACACCGGUAACGAAGCUAACCAGCUUGAUGAGAACUUCAGGGGCGAGAAGAAGAAGGGUGACGUGGGCGAGAAGAAGAAGGUCGUGAGCCUCGUGGCCAUGGGCAAAGAGGCGAACAACUAG